CUGUGCCGAUGGGCACUGUAUGGAUCUGACCGAGGUCUGACCGACAAGAUCGAGGAGGGAACGGGCUCGAUCAGCAUCUUCCAUUUUCGACGUGAGUAUCUCGACAAGUGUGUUUGGUCUUUGUACGAUGAGACUGAUGUGUAGAGCGUUUCCGACAGAGUAAGGUACCUGAUUUCCCCGUUAAGGAAGACGCUCCUGCGGUUGGUACCAAGUUUGUCAGAGUUGCAACCCUUUCUGUAGACGUGAAGAAAGAACUCGAAGACCCAGAUAGCAGGUAUAACUUUGGGUGGAGCCUUGGGAAGGAGAAACUCGAUACAUUCAAAGGGUCCUAUUAUGCCAACCCAAUUUUGGAUUUCCCUACUACAGAUGAUGAGCUUGUGUCCAUCAUGCUGCUGGCCGAAUAUAUGGCCAGUUGAUCAUCUUCCUGAGCUCGAAACAGCAUUUAUAGAUCUUGGAAAGCUAAUGCUUGAAGUUGACUUGAUGUUGGCUCACCAUUGUGAUCUCUAUGUGCAAGCAUCUAUUGCUGCAAAAACACGAGUAACCAGUGGAACACCACAACAGAAAAGCGGUGAGAUGUGGCGGCGGCGCAACCUUCGGGAUGGGAGCGGUGAUGGCCUCUGCAGUCCACGAGAUGCUUUGCAGGCUUAUCUUCGAGGGUCUGCGGCCUGCGGGCCGGGGCUUGUGGGUGCGGCGCUGGCUUGGCCGGCAACACUGCCGCCGGGCGGCUCUGCGCUCAUGCGGAAGGCAACACAAGGGCGGGCCAUGCAGAGAUAGCUUGGUGGCGACUGGUGAGUCAGCGCCGACAGCAAUCUAUGAAUCUAGGUUGCAAGGUUAGGAAGGUAGAGUGGCAUGGUGAUGAUGUCAGUAUCUAUGUGUGAGAACAACCAAUCUAGAAUUUUCCUUCUCAUGAACAGGCAUGACUCAUGUUAUCAGCUAUGUUUCUGUCUGUAUAUCUAAUUAAGAAAAAA